AUGCAUUCCGCCAAUUCUACCACCAAGCGGUGGAAUAUCGACCCAGCACUUGAGCCGGAGGAUGAGUACGUGCCUAAUCAAGCUCUACGUACUGCUGCUUUUUCUCUGCGCUUUCUUAAAUACCACCUUCUUACUGUGGCCGGUGACAGUUUUGAGGUGGAGUCACAUCCUCUCGGCUCGCAGCUGUCGUCACAGCUGCUUGGAGGCGUCAAAAUAAUUCUUACUGGUGAUGAAAUUCCACAAUCUAACCCGCAAGAGCACAUGCUUUUGAUUUGCAAUCAUCGAUCUGAAGUCGAUUGGAUUUUCUUUUGGAAUCUAGCACUGCGCUAUGGUGUGCAUGAUCGCAUUCGAGUUAUGCUUAAGAGUAUAAUUCGUUACACUCCUGGUGUCGGGUGGGCUAUGUUACUACUACAAUAUCCGUAUGUUAAUCGAAACUGGGCUACAGAUCAGAUAAGGAACAGCGUUAAAUGA